GCGACGACUAGCGCGCGCGUUUCCCCCGCGUGACUACGUGUUUGUGCUCUUCGCGCGCACCACCACUACCACGACGACUAUUACUACUAUACCACCGCACUACCACGACAACAAUAACAACAACUGUUACUACCGCUGCUACCACUACCAUAAUUAUUAUAACUAUAUAGUGCUGCCGGUAACAAGCCCGCCGCACGCAGAUCAGUCUACUGCCGUGAGUCGGCCGGUGUGUGUGAGUGUGCGUUUGCCCGCGCUUGCGAUUCGUCGACCGGAAAGAGGAGAAAAAAAAAACGAACGAUAUCAUUGCAAAAUCCAAUCGACUUCGCCGAUAACGGGAGACGCGACCCGAGUGUGACGGCGAUCGCGCGUUUGAUAUCACGUAGACUCCGGUCUUAUCGUACAUAAUAAUAUACAGGUACCUACGCGCGUUGUCGUCGUCGUCAUCGAUCGUUAAUGCCUAUUGGCCAUUAAUUAUUACCGAUUUAAUUACGAUAUUAUCAUCGUAUAUCAUAUUAUUAUAAAGUCGUUAAAAACUCAAAGGUGACCGGUUUGAAUUUCAUUUUUUUUACCGCGUCUUAUCGUCUUGCCGCCCGAUUAAAACGCGUUGUUGAAUAUCAUUGAUAUUCGUGUUAUCAUUGUCGCCGUCGUCCGUCAAUCGGUCUUCGUUUCUUUUUGAUCCCGAUAAAUCAUCGCCGCGUAUCGUAUUCGCUGAUCGUUGCACACCGUUCGAUGAUGGUUGUUCGGACGCCGGCGCCGAACAAACCGCCGGCGUAAAGCCCAGACGGGAGUUUCGCCAAAGCCGAGUCUCUCUUACCCAUAUACCCUGCUUGACGUAGUCGGGCGAAAAGGAAUCGCAACAUAAAACCUACCUCACGAUGAACACGGCGGCAGCGGUGGCGAUUUCCGUGCUGCUAUUGCACUCGGCCACGAUCGGUUUUGUGACUCCGGUUGAAGUGCAUUUUGACAACCCAGAUGGAGGAUUCUUUGUACGACACCCGAUCGGUGGCAGUAUCAGCAAUAACCGACAACAACAACAGCUUUUGAGCAGUGGUGAGAAUAACGACAGUGAAGACGACGCCGGUGGUGGGGCAGUGCUCAGCGUGGACAGGUUCACCGUAUUGCAGGACGUACCGCAGACGUCGAUCAGGGCCAGUUAUGGGCCGUUCUCAACCAAGCAAACGGUACCCUCGCGUUACCUGAUACCGGAUCCAAACUCGGCCGGAAUGUCCGGCAGCAGCGUUAACGGUUCUGGUUUAUCGGCCGGCUACUCGUCGACCGUGGAUAUAUCAUCGAUGGACGUGUCCGCGCACUUGGUGCAGAGGCGCGUGUACCGCGAAAACCCGGUAGUCCGGACGCUGUUCCACGUCGGUUACAGCGUGGUCAGAUCGCAGUCAGCCGGUUCCGGUCCGCCUCCUUCCAUGACGAUGUCCGCCGGGGACGCGACCGGCGGCGGUUCCGCGCGGUCGGCUUCCGGCUCAUCUUCGUACGGAAAACUGUGCGCGGUGGCCAAAGCCACGUUCGAGGGAGCUGAGCGGCCGGUCACCGCCGCGUGCAAACCCGAUCCCAAGGACGGCGUGUGCACCGCCCGGCUGGUGUUGCCGGCCAAGUGGUGGCCGCCACUGAACCCGCCCGACGCCAAGCCGGUGAAGACGCCACAGCGGUACGUGCAGAUAUCGUACGCAUUGCUCGAGUCCGACCACCGGUGCAGCCAGUCGGACGUGCAGCUCCAGCCGUUCACGUACAUCGGACAGGCGUCACUGGAGCACGCUCAGCGCCCAUACAAGGAGCUCAAGACGGACGCGUACCUGUUGACCCUCGUUCCGUCCGUGCCGUUAUAUCCCAAGUCGUUUACGUACGUGCCCGUGUUCUUCGACGCCGGGCCCAAGGAGCAAAACAUCAAAGGGUUUAUACUCAGGGCCAAAGUGAAGAACGGGCUGCGGGUGUUGAGCGCCGAGAACAGCGACCCGGAACGGUGGACCAUCAACUACACGUCGAACCCCAGAGGCACUCAGAUCACGGUGACGGCCGUGCACAAGGGGCUGCCGGCGACUGCCGGUGCCGCGUGGCCGAACUCCCGGUACGAGGAGGUGUUGCAGUGGCUGCUGCAAGUGGACUCGGAGGCCGAGGACGUGUGGGAGGAGGGCCGGGUAGUUUGGACCGUGCAGUACGUCAUGGAGGCGGCCGGCAACGUGACCAAUUGGACGUCGGCCGCCGCGGUUCAGGGGAGCCAGCCGAAGGUCGACCGUCACCGCGCCGCGUACAAACAUCACCGGCGGCAGGCGGCCGUGAUGGCCGGACGCCGGAGGACGUCCCGGCUGUCCAGGGCCGCCACUAAGAUGCUCUACUUGGACGGCGUCAACGGCGUGUUGGACGGCAUCAAGCGCAAGAUUUCCGCCAGGUUCGAAAUACACAAGGACGACACCGAAGCCGUGCUACCCAUAUCCAAGAACUGGGAAAUAAUCAACACAGCUGUAUUGACUGGAAAGCAGAUAUCGCACGCGAUGAAGGUAUUCGUGGUCAGCUACGCGGGCAAAAUAUCCGACGUCACCAGACAGUCUGUGUGUCAGAUAGAGGAUGACAGUGUGCUCAAGGUAACAUCGUCAUGCAGUUCGGUGUACGUGGAUGGAUCAGAAAUCCGAGGCUCGUCCAAUGCUACGGUGAUCGUCAAAUACGAAUCAUAUACAGGUACGGCGCAUUUCAUUGUGUGGGUUCCAGAAAUUAAUGAAAUGGACCUAACUAUUGCUGACCAGAAACUGAACCAGAUUAAAGGCUGGCGAGUUCCAGUAAGCCUGGAAGCCGACGAUGACAUGGACGAUUACGUCAAUAAAUUGAAAAGGUCAGCCGAAGGUAAAGGUGGCGGUCACAUAAAAUCGCCAAUGUCGGAUAGCGAUUUUCGAUUAAAUGAAAUGAUCACUGAGGAUAUGGUGGCCGAUGCAUAUGACAGGAAGACCAGCUGCCAGUUGAGAUUUCAACAGACGUCGGUCGAGAUAUACGCCAGGUUUAAAGCGACGGAUCACGACUCAGGACGGGUGAGCUAUUUCGUGAACCGUCGGACGUGGUUAAAGGUGACCGAUCUGCUGCUGCAUUAUCUGCGGUCGUCAGAUCCUCGGGUCGCGUCCAUCACUGGACAAAUCGUGCGUGGACAUAACGCCGGCCGGACCGAGGUGCAGGUGAUCUCAGCGUUAUCUGGACACGUACUAGUGUCGAAGGAGAUCCGGGUGGUCAGUGACAAGGUGAGCGUAGCCCGGUUGGCGGUGAACGUUGUGUCCGGGCUGCAGCUGAACAUCCGGCCGGACGCGGCUGUGGACAAUAACUACAUAGCCGAGACGUCCGUGACCAGGAAGCUGACAGCCAAGUACCAGGAGGGCCUACUGGACAUCGACUUGUGGUUCACGGACGACACGCGUACGCCACUACGGUCGGUGGCAAUGUCCGACUACGCGCUCCGCGUUGAGUCCACCAACCCCGACGUGGUGGCGUUUGCUCCCAUGGCCGCCUCGCCGCAUCCUCGGGUUAUAGCCGUUGGUCCUGGUAAGGGGCAGCUGUUGCGCGUGUCGUUCGGCCCUCCCGACGCUUGUGGCAAACAUGAGCCGGUGAACGGAGGUCGGAAAACCAUCCUACCGACAACACUCAGUGAAACGGCGGCUGAAGUCCAGGUGGACUUUUCGUCGUCUCCGUACUCGGUCGAACAGUUCGUGCAGAACGACGGCGGUGGCGGUGGCGGCAGUGGCGUACUGAACGUAGGACCGCCCCGUGACAAGAAAGAUCACAAAGACUCGGCGGGAACGGCCGGCAUCAAAGAUGAAAACAACGAUGAACCCACAGUGCAAGCUCGACAACACAACAAUAACAAUAAUCAAAACAACAUUAUCAACCACAGCAGCAACGGUAUUGGAAGCACAACCGUGCAAGCUCACAAAGUACCCGCUCAUUUGAGCCCGUUUGAACUCGGCAUGUAUACUCUGUUGGCGGCUCUUUGCUUCGCCAUCGUUGCAUUCGUUAUAUCAUGUGUCGUCUACGCAUCCAAAUACAAACAGAAUUCGUUGGAAAUGCCCACUACCACGUUGAUGACAAAAUCGUUCAUGGGUAACAUGAACGGGGCUAAGGACGGCGGUGGAGGUAUUUGUGGAGGUGUCGGUAGUGCCAAACCUUUGUCAGAUGAACCGACUAUGAAUGCACACGAUUGGGUGUGGCUAGGUAGAUCUACAUUAGAACGUUCGUCCGGCAUGCUGGUACCGUCCAUGGGCAACAAAUCACACAACAACAACAAUAACAACAACCAAAUCAACGAACACAACAUGAGAAUUAUGUCAAAUCCCAUUUACGGCGUAGACAACAAUGGUAGUGGUAAUAGUGGUAACCAGCAACAACAACAGCAGGUUUGCAGCAGAAAUCCUCCUCCUCAGAUCAAUACUUCCACGUACAGCGUUAAGAACCGACUGUCUAACGGCAAUAUCGUUUUUAAUAAACUGUGGAAAGUACUUCCAACACCGAAUGACCAAAAUCUGGAGAAACCCGCUGACUACAGGCCACCGGUGCCGCCGCACAGGACGCAGUUGAACAACGUGGACAACAUGAUGAUCGGCAACGAUGACAAUGACGAACAAGCGCCGCCACCUCCAAAACGACAACACCAUCACCAUCAUCAUCAUCACCGCAACCGUAGUCAAGGUGGUGGCAGGUCCUCAUCGGUUGCUGGUAAUCAUAACAUCCCUAAAUUACCGGAGAGAAACUCCGAUCCACUAUUCGUGGAAACCUGUAACCGAAGAUCAAUGGACGUGAAACGGGCGGCAAUCAUCGGGAACCCGAUGUUUGCUUUCGAUCCUGCGUCCGCGGAUCAGAAGCAUCAGAACGCCGGCGCUAGUGACACUAUCAAACUCGACGACCUCAACCUUGGCAUGGAUUAUAAACAGCUGAUGGAGUACUUUGACAACCUGAAAGAGUCAAACGCCUAAUUUAUCGUGGCCAACCGCAUACCCAUUCAUUUUGCAAACCUUCCCCUAUUACCAAUAACCAUAGACCAGCUCACACACCAUCGCAAUGAUCCUACACGUGGCCCAUUCGUUUAACUCCCAUUCUCGCUCCCGUCGUUCCUGAUCCCUUCACUAUUUUUGUCUUUUAUCUUAUUGUCGCACAUAAAGAGUCAAUUAAUUCAAAGGUUGUCGUUGUAUGAACUAAAUACACAAUAAAUAACUAUAAUAUUACGCAUACGCUCUAUAGUAGUUCACACCAAAAAGUAUAAACCGUAAGCUUCAGUAUUAUGUUGGAAAAGGCAAUGAAAAUAAUAUUAACUAUUAUCACGCUUACGGUUGUGAGGUAAAUUGUAACCCAAAUAUCUACGAUAACAAUUUAAACAUAGGUUGUUUCCGGUUGUUGAAAGCACGACGGUACCUAAUGACCCAUUUUUUAUAAUUAUUGUAUAAAUACGAUAUCUAUAGUCAAUACAUUAUUAGCUUUUGCUACUAAAUGUAUCUUCUGAAAUUUCUUUCUAAAAUAAACCUAAUUUAUCUAAACUUAUAUACAAAAUAUAAUAAUAUAUUGAUGUUUUGAACUAUCUACUUAAGAUUUAUUUCUCGGACUUACAUUAUGAAAAUAAAAUACUUUUAGACUAUAAUAUUAUAUUAUAUGUAAUCAAACAAGCUUGUGUAGUCCCUCUCUAUAAUAAAUUUAUACAAAAAUAUUAGUUCCUUAACCUAAAUCAUUGUUAUUAUUAUUAAAAUCGCAAUGAUACUGCAGAUAGAAAAAUAAUAAAAAUAACAAUAGUUAAUUCGUGUUACAUCUGUGCUAAAUGAUACUUCGUUAUUUCCUAUUUUUUAUAUAUUAUGUACGACAAUUAUUGCCACUGUUAAUAAUAAUUAAGUUUCCAAUUUCGCUCUACACGUGUUUAUCUGAAUGUUCCUAAUUUAUUGUAUCACUAUUUUGAUAAUAUUGUUUAAGCAAUUCCCUUUUUAAUAUAAUCAUUAUUCUAAACAUUUUUGUUAAAUUUAAUUGUUGAUUAUUUUUAAUUUUUUAGUCUGAUACCUAUUAUUGCUUGCAACUUUAUUUUAUAUAC